AUUGAUAUUAAAUAUACUAGUUAAAAUUAAGGAUGCAUGAAAUUUACAGUUCAUUUGAUUUUCAUUAGCGUCAUGCUGAGAAACUAUAUUUGUACACAAAAAUCAAUCAAUUCGUAGGUAGCUUUCGGAGACACAACACGAUAAAGUGGAAAAGAAAUUUUGAAUUAUGUUAGUGAUCAAAUAGCAACAUCAACAACGUAUUUAACAUACAUGUGUACUGUAUGUACUGUAAAGUCGAUAAUUCGGUGGAAGGAGAUAUUGUUAUGAAACGAAAAUUGUAAGGAUUCUUAGCAACUUAUGGUUUAUAUAUACUGCACAGUUUCGUCUUGUCGGUGACUCAAACGGAAGUGUUUCUUCUUAAUUGACAUUCAGGAUAUAUUUGAAUAUAUUUAUUUAGUAUAGAUCUCACAUAUAUCUUCAAAAUUUUGAAAUUAUGGAGAAUGGAAGCAAGUUGUUAAUUGUUCUUUUAAAAGUAUCUGAAAAAGCUGCUAAUAUUGCUAGAAUAUGUAGACAAAAUCAAUCAUUGUUUGAUCUUCUGGUUCAAGAAAAAUCACAGGCAGAGAAAAAUCCAAUCUUUAAAGAUUUUAAAACUUUGGCCGACGUUUUGAUUCAAGAAACUAUUAAGCAUGAUAUAGCAUUAGAGUUUUCAGAGUUAGCGAAGGUUGUACAAGGUGAAGAAAACAAUACGUUUACCAAUGUACUUGGAGAAACAAUAGUUGUGGAAGUAUGUUCCACUUGUUUGGAAACAACUAAUCUAUUAGCUAAAGUCAUGGGUAAUGAUACAGAAACAGCUAGUUUUCUUGCGGAAGAAGUUCAUAAGCAAAUUCGACUGAAAGAUGUGAAUACCGUGCAUGAUAUUCCUAAACAUUUACCUCUACCUAUAGAAGAUCUUGGUAUAUGGAUAGAUCCAAUAGAUGCAACUGGAGAGUACGUGAAUUCUGAUGUAAGCAAAAUAAAAGGGUUAAAUUGUGUUACAGUAUUAAUAGGUGUAUACCUUAAAAGUACAGGAUUACCAGUGUUAGGUAUCAUAAAUAAACCAUUUGAUAAGUUACGUGAGAAUCAAAAAUAUUAUUUUGGCAGAUGGAACGGUUUGUGUUAUUGGGGAUAUUUUAACACUGAUAUUAGCUUAUGUUGCUCAAGCAUUGGUAGGAGUUUUCUUAAUGAUACAGAUGAGACAUGUAAAACGAUACUUGUUGGCCGAUUUGAAGAUGAAGAUUUAAAAUCUAAGCUUAGAGAGGCAGGUUUCAUAUUAAUGGAACAAGCUGGUGCUGGAAAUAAAUCAUUAAACGUUGCUUUAGGCAUGGCUGCUGCUUAUGUACUUUCAAAAAAUUCUACUUACAAAUGGGAUACGUGUGCUCCGCAAGCUAUAUUACGAGCUUUAGGUGGAGGUAUAGUAGAUUAUCAGAAAUUUGUGAAGUGUAAAGUUUUGGAUGAUUUGGAUGUAAAAUAUGUUACUACUAGUGAUAAUGCAGCAAAUAGCGGUGGAAUAAUAGCAUAUCGUAAUAUCGAAAUGUUACUUACUUUGAAACAAAUUCUAUUUUAAAAAUGAAAUCUUAUUAGAUAUAAUACUUGGCAAAGAUUUUUUCUUGAUAUAUCUUAUUGUUAUGUAUUCAGAGUCUAUAUGUAUACUAUUUUUUUUUUUUCAAUGAGCUGGAAUAAAUGUUUAAAUUAAACGUCGAAAUUAUUCGCAUCGUUUCAAAUGAAUAAAAUAUAAAUGUAUGAACUUAUA